GUGCUGAUCGUGGGCGGCGGCGACGGCGGCGUGGCGCGCGAGGUGGUCAAGCACCCGGCCGUCGAGCAGGUGGUGAUGUGCGAGAUCGACGCCAUGGUGGUGGACGUCUCCAAGCGGCUGCUGCCGUUCAUGGCCACCGGCUUCCAGUCGCCGAAGCUGACCCUCUUCUUCGGAGACGGGAUGGAGUUCAUGAAGCAGCACCGAGACGAGUUCGACGUGAUCAUCACCGACUCGUCGGAUCCCAUCGGGCCCGCCGCCACUCUGUUUGAGGAGAACUACUUCGAGCUGAUGUCCACCGCGCUGCGGCCAGGCGGCAUCAUCUGCUCUCAGGGGGAGAACAUGUGGUUCCACCAGGACAUAAUCAAAAAAGUGAUGGCGGGCUGUAGGAAAAACUUCGGUUCCGUAGCGUACGCGUACACCACUAUUCCCACCUACCCAGGCGGACAAAUCGGCUUCGUUUUAGCGUCUAAGGAUGAGGCCGUCGACUUCAGCAUACCACGCCGGCUACUAACGGAGCCCGAGAUGGACGCGAUGCGGCUGCGCUACUAUACUCCGGAGGUGCACGCCACCGCCUUCGUGCUGCCGCGGUUCGCGCGCCUCGCGCUCCUCUAGCUCCUCUAGCUCCAGUAUUGCGGCCCCGGCUCGGCUCGGCUCGGCUCGGCUCGGCUCGGCUCGGCUCG